AUGACGACCACAGUAUCUCUACCCGGUGGCCCUGGGCAGACCAUCACCGUGACCGGACCAACGACUACUGAGAAGUGCACUAACGUCGGUCCCGGCCAAACCGUUACUGUCACCGGGCCCACUGUGACCACUGGACCUACCACUACCGUUACCACCACGGGUCAAUGCACCAACGUAGGACCUGGUGGUACCUCAACCUGCGCCACAAUCACCAAAUGGUCUACAGUCGGAGGGGGAUAUGGAGACUAUUCAACUGACUCCGCUUCAACUACAGGCUGGAGCAAGGGUGGAUGGAGAGGGAAAUGGUAA